UAUCACUGCUACUGGCUUUUGGUCCCAACGUUGGACUGUCCUGCGGUGAGAAACCCCAGCCCAUCCGUCUGCGCUGGGACCGCCCGCCGCGCAUCUGCCCUUCUUCGCUGACUCCGCCCCGCAUCUGUCCAGACCCGCCUCGCGUCAGAGCUGACCCACUCACUGCGCGUUUGCCAGUCAGUCUCUCCGGACCUGCCUCGAGCCUCAGGCUGCCGAAAUCACCGCGCCUCACUCGCCUCGACAGUGAUUCUGAGUCUGCUUUUAGCUUCCUUUUGCCUGCCUUGGCUUUUUCUGUUCGUGAACAGCUGUUUGGCCCAUAGCUUAGAGAAAGCAGCCUUUUUUUUCUCUCCAAAGAGAACCUCCUCCCAGUGCUCAGAGAGAUGGGGAGCGGGGAGCCUAAUCCUGCUGGCAAGAAAAAGAAGUAUCUCAAGGCAGCUCUGUACGUGGGUGACUUGGACCCAGAUGUCACCGAGGACAUGCUCUAUAAGAAGUUCAGGCCUGCUGGCCCUCUGCGAUUCACCCGAAUCUGCCGUGAUCCGGUGACCCGCAGCCCCCUGGGCUAUGGUUAUGUUAACUUCCGCUUUCCCGCGGAUGCAGAGUGGGCCUUGAACACCAUGAAUUUUGAUUUGAUUAAUGGAAAGCCAUUCCGCCUUAUGUGGUCUCAGCCAGAUGACCGCUUAAGAAAGUCUGGAGUGGGAAAUAUAUUCAUCAAAAACCUGGACAAAUCCAUAGACAAUAGGGCCCUGUUUUACUUAUUUUCUGCUUUUGGGAACAUUCUGUCCUGCAAAGUCGUAUGCGAUGACAACGGCUCUAAGGGUUAUGCCUACGUGCACUUUGACAGCCUGGCCGCUGCCAAUAGAGCCAUCUGGCACAUGAAUGGAGUGCGGCUCAACAACCGCCAGGUGUAUGUUGGCAGAUUCAAAUUCCCAGAAGAGCGGGCGGCUGAGGUCAGAACCAGGGAUAGAGCAACUUUCACCAAUGUUUUCGUUAAAAACAUUGGAGACGACAUAGAUGAUGAAAAACUGAAGGAACUUUUCUGUGAAUAUGGGCCAACUGAGAGUGUUAAAGUAAUAAGAGAUGCCAGUGGGAAAUCCAAAGGUUUUGGAUUUGUGAGAUAUGAGACACACGAGGCUGCCCAAAAGGCUGUGCUAGACUUGCAUGGAAAGUCCAUCGAUGGAAAAGUCCUCUAUGUAGGGCGAGCGCAGAAGAAAAUUGAACGCCUGGCUGAGUUGAGGCGGAGAUUUGAACGACUGAGGUUAAAAGAAAAAAGUCGGCCCCCAGGGGUGCCUAUCUAUAUUAAGAACUUGGAUGAGACAAUCAAUGAUGAAAAACUGAAGGAGGAAUUUUCUUCCUUUGGGUCAAUUAGUCGGGCCAAAGUCAUGAUGGAAGUGGGGCAAGGCAAAGGAUUUGGUGUCGUCUGCUUUUCCUCUUUUGAAGAGGCCACCAAAGCAGUGGAUGAGAUGAAUGGUCGCAUAGUAGGGUCCAAGCCCCUGCAUGUCACCCUGGGCCAGGCCAGGCGCAGGUGCUGAGAAUACGAAUGAUCAGUUUGUUUCAGCCUUAGUUGGUGCCUACUUAGUUUGGGCUCUUUUGUGAUAAGGAGUUAUUUUAUGCUAAUUAGCAGCUUUUUUAAGUGAAUUAUUUCUUUUGAAAAAAAAAUGCAAAACUAGAAAACUUUGUCCAUUUUAGUAAACAGCAUAAUUUCUAAUUGUAAAAUUGUCAUUUUGUACUUUUUUUUGAUGUAAUAUCCUUAGAAAUAUGUAGAAUAAAGUGUAUUCCUCCACUUUUUUUUUUCCCUGAACAGUCCAGGUGACGCAAUUGAUUGAGUAUAUUUCCCUUCUUAUUUCAAUAAUACUCAAUUUAAUUUUUUCAUGUAAAUAUUGUCAACAUGUUUCUUCUGAGUCUAUCACAGUGAAAAGUUCUAACUUUUUAGAAGUCAGUAGAGCAGUGGAAAAUGUAUGUGAUCCAAUUAACAUCUGCACAGUUUCACUUAAAAUUAUGCAAAAUGAAUGCUUUUUAAAGAAAUGUGAAAUUUCUUUUAUUUAUUUAUUUAGAUUCUUGUUUCAUUUUUUAAUAUGUUGUGAGCAUACUACAUACAGACUUGAUGGUACUUUUGACUAAAUGUUCGGAGUGGUCAUAUUAACUUCUUGCCCAAAGAAGUAAGCAUAUUGGUGUUUUCUGAAUUAGUCACUUAGAAAAUUAACACUUUAGGCAGUAGCUAUUUAAAGUAUGAAUUGCAUCUUAAAAACCUUUCCUGAGAGAUUUGGUAUUUGAGUAUACUUUCAGUACCACUCCUACUAUUCAUUUUUCUAAAUUCUUUAGUACAUGUACUUGGUUCAUGUUAAAUUAACAAGAAAGAUGAAUAACUGCACUGAAUUGCCUUUACCUAUAAAUAAUUUAAUAUUUUACCUUCAGCUUUUAUCAACUGUCAAUAUAAAAGGCAAAUAUUCCACAGAAUGAUGCUGAAAACUUCUUGGAAGGACACCUUCUAUUAAACUUAUCUCUUGUAAAUUCUUGAAUGUAUUCUUUUGAUAAUAUUCACAGAUGUUUCAAAGGUAAGGAAUAGCUUGUCUCUUGGAUUAAGUCAUAUGCCUUCAGCCAUUAUAUGAGAACUGUGAAAUCAGUAUGGUUCUUCUUAUGUCUUGACUGCUUGAAAAUUAAAAAAAAAAGUUUUGUUCAAUGUUGCAGUUACAUUAUUUAGCCUGUAAUUUCUAAAUUAGAGAUUCUCUGCAUUUCACUUGCAGUUUCCUGUUCUCCUCAUUGUCUGCCCUCCAUUCAUACUACUCUUAUUUUUCUAUUUUUUGUAUUACCUUUUAAAAAAUAUAUACCGGUUCAAGUCCUUUUUGGAAGAAGAAAUACCUAAUUUAUGUAAAAUUUAAAUAAUUACUUUUUAUAAUAUGAUUCACUUAUGCCACAGAUUCAACUGUUAGAAUAUGUUUUGUCUCUACUGUCAGUUUUAUUACCUUAUAUACAAAUCUUCAUUUUCAUACACAGUACAAAGUAAAUAUAUAAUUUUGUUAACACUUUUGUCAGCUCUUUUACCAUAAAAUAAUGACAAUAAGUUGUUUCUGUGUAUUCAUUUAUCUAUAAAUUACAGGUUUAUUCAUUUUCAAAUAUUUUCAAAAUGGAAAUCACUGUUUUUAUUGAUUAUAAAUAUAACACAUGCUCAUUGUAAAAGAUGUACACAAUGCAGAAGGAAGUAAAGUUUCCACAGUUCAGAAAUAACAAUUAAUAUUUUCAAUGUGUAAAUAUCUUUUCAUAGCUUUUUUCCUAUGUAUACACAAGCAUUUUGACCAAAAAAGCCAUACUACAUGUACUGCUCUGUAUUUUUAAUUCUAAACUGAACCAUAAUCAUCUUUUCAUGACAAUAAAUUUCAAUCUAUAUCAUCUUAGUGAUUGUAUAGUAUUCUAUUGUGUUGACAUAUAACUUAUCUAUACAGUUUGCUAUUGAAUCUAACUUAUCUGAUUUUUAACAAUUUACAUGAGUAAGCAAUGCCAUGAUGCACAUCCCUUGCUUAUCAUCAUCAAUUACAUGACUGCAAAAAAUGUCUCUAAUAAGUGAAAGCUUAAAUACGAUAGUAGAAAUGUGCACAUCCAUACUGAUAUAUGUAUCAAAAUUUUGGAAUACAUUCAAGGUAUAGUCUGCAUUUAGAUUGACAAAUGGAAAACUAAAAACAAGUAUUCUCUUUCAUAUUUUCUGAGCCAACUUGCUUUACAUUAUUGUGAUUCUUAAUAUACAUGAAAACUGUGAAACUGCAAAUAAACUUUAAAAUGUC